AACUAGAACGCACCUUUUGGCCUUCUCUGUUUGGCCACACCUCUCCUUCACCACCUUCCAUGAUCCUUACUAUAUUAAAACCUCUUAACUAUUAACCAUCCCUCAAUGCAGCAAUCUCAUUCUCUUCUUCUCAUCUCAUCAUGCCAAUCAAAAGGGUACCUUGCUGGAAAGACAAGCCAGUAUUGCUAUCGGUUUAUGUGGAGAGGCCGAAGAGAAGACCAGCUUCGUUAACUCAUCGCCACCACCACCACCACCACCACCACCACCAUCAUUAUGUUCAUCACACCAUCAAGCGAGAGGCUAUUUCUCAUAGGGAUGGUGCUGCUGGCAAAGGCUAUACUACUAGUAGGAGAGCUGAGCUCCUUCAGUACUCUCAACGCCUUCGCCAAUCUGCUAGAAGAGCUCCAGAAUCAUCAUCACCUUCCACACCCUAUGUUCCAAAUCCAAACCACACCAGCAAUCCACAACCUCAGGCUGAGAUUGUCACUGUCCCAAAAAAGCCAAAGAAUUCAAAAGCUCCAACCUGCUUUGGCAACUGCAAAGUACCAACCAUAUUUGGACCUCUUCUUACAAGUUUCCAAGCUAAGCAAGAGAGGAAGACAAGAAAGAAACGUGGCGGUAAUUCCAGCAAUAAAAUAAAAGCUGCUAUCAAAACCUUGAAGGUGCAAAAGCAACAUCUUGUUCUCAUCAUCAGCAAGGCGAAAGAGAAACUAACAACUAUGUGAUUUUGUAUCAUUUACUGGUAAACUUUAUGAAAUAGUUGCUUUUCUUAACC